AUGUAUAUGAGCUUUGGGAAAAAACCGCAUUAUAUGAAACUCUUAGAAAUUCCAGAAAUAUACUAUGAUAAGAAUAGAAAAAUCUUCCGAGCGCUAUGUGCAUUAGCGUGGAUUAUUGAUUCUCGCGAUGAUUACGCGAGAGAACGUCUCCAUCGCAUGCAUGAUGCUUACUCGGCUUACAAAUGUCACACCAUCAUGAAUUGCACGAAAACUUGUCCCAAGCAUCUAAAUCCUGCCAAAGCCAUCGGCGAAAUAAAGUCACUUCUCACUGGCUUUCGUGACAAGCCGGCUCCUGAACAACCCAGGGCAUGA